AUGUAUAAGAAAAGUGGGACCAAAUCACCCUUUUGGGGUGGUUCCAACAGCUCUCUACUACUACUCGUAGACUAUCAGCUCUACCCCUCGAGAUUAACAGCCUCCUCUUCAACCCCUAGACUAUCAGCUCUACCCCUCGAGAUUAACAGCCCCCUCUACAACCCCUAG